UAGUAAGAUAUAUUAAAAUAUCUCCAUGAAUACUUCUGAUACCAAGUUCUAUUCAACUAGUUUUCAUAUUUGACGGAAACGAAACUCUAAUAUGAAAUAAAACUCAGGUAUUACCUUAGACGACUGGGCUACAUAUACCAUUAUACAAUUAUGCUACUCAAAGCCACUGUAAAAUAUGUCCAGAGACUGUGAUGUAAUGUGCCGUACGAGUAUAAAUACAUCUGAGAACGCAUGUAGAGAGCAUGUCCGUGAUAUCAAUGUCAUCAUUUCACAACCGUUUGUAUUAGUAUGCAUGAGGCACAUAUUUGCUGUGUUUACCGACCUUGGCCACGGGAAGUUGAAACCACACUGAAACCAUGACGUCCACGUAGCACUAGCUCAGUGUGGCCAGCAACACCAGAGACAUCACUUCAGUAGUGUUUUCAUCUCCCAUUUGCCCACACAGCUGAAGCUUAACGCAGUGGACAGGACAGCUAUGGACAUUCAGGUGAUACUGAUUCUAGCGCUGACGCUUGUGUCAACACAAGCAGAUGAGUGCACGGAGGGCCAACAGUGCUCAAACUGCUCAAGUACAACACAAUACUGCAGUACAGAUUGCUUUUCGGGGUAUUUCGGCCGCAGAUGCAAGUCCCGCUGUAGCAACCAGUGCAUAAACAGUACAUGUAGUCGGACACCGAGUGGCACUUAUAGUUGUUCUGACGGUUGUGUACCUGGUUUCUAUGGUACCCGAUGUAAAACCCCGUGCAUACUUCCAAAGAAUAGGUGCACCAAAUGUCCUCAAGAAUGUGAUGGAACAUUCUGCCAUCUGACAACAUCUUGUGUUGCUGGAUGCAAUGACCAAUACUAUGGGACCAACUGCAAGAAUUGCUCACCCAGAUGUCGACAUUGUAACAGGAUAACAGGCAGAUGUGAUGUGUGUCAUGAUCCUUAUCAUGGCCUAGACUGUGAAUACUCAUGUGAACAUUGUUCAACAACUGAUUGUGUACAGACAUGCGCACCCGGGUUGUAUGGACGUACAUGCUCUUUAAGGUGCCACCAAUAUUGUUUGUCUAAUCUUACCGCUAUAACUAAUGACACUUUGACAAAUAACAGUUCCCCCUCCUGCAUAUCUGAAUGUCAAAGAUACAGUGGCGAGUGUAUCAAUGGUUGUGAAGAUGACAUGUCUGGCCCACACUGUUCCUCGCCAAUUAAAUGUAACCCAAACUGUUUGGGUUGCAAUGAGACGGGUGCCUGUAUUGACGGAUGCCUGUCUGGUAAUUUUGGAGAUGACUGUAAGCCUUGUCCGAGGACCUGUUUCAAUCACACCUGUUACCCAAACAACGGGUCUUGCGACAAUGGAUGUAUCCAAGGACAAUAUGGACAUUUUGUCAACUAUCCUGCAUAGACUGCCCAGGAGAAGCUUGUAAUCCUAGUUCGGGGAUAUGUAUUCAAGGAAGCAACGUGCCUGUUUUGGGACUAGGACUAUCGACAGGAUUUGUACUUCUUAUAGUUUGUACUGUUUGUAUAUUUGUGUUUCAUUUUCGUCGUCGUCGCCAAACUACAGAAAGGAAUCACCAAAGAGAUGAGUCGAUACUUACAGAGAGAUCAGGGCAAGUGGAAACAGGAGAGUACUGCCAGGUGCAUCGGUACUGGGAUAUAGAUGAUUAUGAUGAAGUAUCUCAGCGGCAAGGGCAGCAACGAGGACGGGCAGAGGAAGAAGAUUACGAGGAAGUAUCUCAACAGCAAAGACAACAACAAGGACCGUCAGAGGAAGAAGACAACAGUGCCCCUGCACUUCCUGUUUUGGCCGACUACUUCCCUGGACCAAGUGGCAGUGAUGAUGAUGACGGUAUUCCUGUUCCACCUGUGUUGGCUGAUUACUUGCCCGGGGCACGGAAUGUAGAAGACAACAAUGAAGGUGACACAUUGCAUGAGUCAACGAGUGGUUCCCAGUCAUACACUCCCUUAAUGAGGGAUGUGUUUGUUGAUGAUCCGAAACCUGUUGUCACGUAUAUAUCACCAACUGAAGACAACACCUAAAGUAGCAAUGGAAGAUACUUAAUUGCUCAAACAGCGAUGCAUCGCUUUGAAAGUGAGGAUUUAACCUACAGUCCGUUUUAGACCCGGGCAUGUUGGUUAUUCAUACAUUA